AUGGCGAAGAUCAAGAAGAAGGGAACUUCUGGCCAGGCCAAGAACUAUAUCACCCGAACACAGGCUGUGCGCAAGCUUCAGAUUUCUCUGCCUGACUUCCGCCGGCUAUGUAUCUUCAAAGGAAUCUACCCGCGCGAGCCCCGGAACAAGAAGAAAGUUUCCAAGAACGCGACCCCCAAUACCACAUUCUACUACUACAAGGAUAUUCAGUAUCUCCUUCAUGAACCGCUGCUGAAGAAGUUCCGCGAGCAAAAGGCGCUCUCGAAGAAAAUUGCUCGAGCCCUAGGCCGGGGAGAAGUAGGUGAUGCGGCGCGAUUGGAGAGGAACCUGGCGCCCAAGCUCACUCUCGAUCACAUCAUUAAAGAGCGCUAUCCGACCUUCAUCGAUGCGCUGCGAGAUCUCGAUGACUGCCUGUCGCUUCUGUUCCUGUUUGCGAACCUUCCGUCCACCUCUACCGUUCCUCCGAAGACUAUCGCGCGGUGCCAGCGUCUGUGCCAUGAAUUCCAGCAUUACCUGAUCAAGACGCAUUCGCUUCGCAAGUCGUUCCUCUCCAUCAAGGGUAUCUACUACCAGGCCACAAUCCAGGGCCAGGACAUCAUGUGGCUUGUUCCAUACCGAUUCGUCCAGAGAGUCAAUGGCGAUGUCGAUUUUCGUAUAAUGGCCACCUUUGUCGAGUUCUACACCACUCUGCUCGGCUUCGUCAACUUCCGGCUCUACACCUCCAUCGGUCUGGUAUACCCGCCGAAGUUUGAUGUCGCAAGUGACGAACGAGGCGCCGAGUUGGCUGCUUUCCGCCUGGAAAGCCGAAAUGCGGCGUCUCUCAACAACAAAGCGAUCGAAGCACCCGGAGCACAGACGAAUGGCGCGGGGAAGGAGGUCUCUCGUGAAGUGCAGGAGAAGGUUGACAGCGUUGUCAAAUCGGUUGGCCUCGACAACGAGCAGGAGGAACAGGUCGCUGAAGAACAGGAAGAGAAUAACGAUACGAUUGAUAAAUUCGAGCCCGCGGCUCCGGAGGCGGAUACGCUUCCCCAGCCCGACAUGAGUGAGAAUGAGGCCGCUACGUUGUUCGCCCCGUUCACUUUCUUCAUUUCCCGGGAGGCCCCGAAGGCGCCUCUGGAGUUCAUACUACGUGCUUUUGGCUGCAAGCGGAUCGGAUGGGAUGCUGUGUUGGGCGAGGGCGCUUUCACCCACGAUGAGACAGACCCUCGCAUCACCCACCAAAUUGUUGACCGUCCGGCGCUCCCCGAAUCCUCUCUUCCAGCGGUCCCAGAUGCCGCAGACGGCUCAGCUCCAAAGGUUCGACCUGGCACUCGGAUUCCGGGCAGAACUUACAUCCAACCCCAGUGGGUUUGGGACUGCAUAAACGAGGGGAAACUCCUUCGUCCGGAUCUUUACGCUCCCGGUGCCACUCUGCCCCCUCACUUGAGCCCUUGGGUGAAGCCGAAGAAGGGCGAAUACGAUCCUCGGGCCAGCUUGGCUGAACAGGAGGAGGAAGGCGAGGCGGAACGUGCGGAAGAAGAGGAGGAAGAGGAAGAGGAGGAAAGUGACGAGGAGAUGGAGGAGACUUCGGAUAAGAAGAAGACCGACGCUAAAGCUGACGAAGAGUCAGAAGAAGAAGAGGAGGAGGAAGAGGAAGAGGAGGAGGAUGAGUCUGAUGAUCACGGCAUGGAUGUCGAUGAUUCAGACGACGAGGAAGAAGAAAGCGAAGAAGAGGAAGAAGAAGAAUUCGGCGGCUUUGACGACGACGAACCAGCCUCCGAAUCCGAAGACGAGGAGGAAGCGGCCCGCGCCCAGCAUCAGAAAGAACUCGAAGCCGAAGCGGCAGGCCUCCCGUUCACAGGAUCCGUGAACGAUUCUUCGGCGAAGAACAAGAAGGCCUCUCUAUCCAAGAAAUACGCCGCGCAGAAGCGGAAGGAGGAAGAAGAGCUCGAGCGGCAGAAGAUGAUGAUGAGCCGGAAGAAGCGCAAGCUGCUGGACAAGAUGCUCUACUCGAACAAGAAGAAGGAGGAAGAGGCGCUGAAGCUGCGGAACAAGCGGAGGAAGAUCGAGAAGGCUGCUGCGAAGUCAGGCGCAUGA